AUGGAGGGUUCAAUCGAGAAUCCUGUGCUCGAAAGCACUGUGCUACUCGAACAGAACGAUCCGAUAGUGCCGACCAGUGCUUCCUCAAAAGUCCUCAACACCACAGAGCUCCUCGAACAUAUCAUGGCCUACUUGCCCAUGAACGGCAUCACUGAGGCCCGGCAAGUCAACCGCUUCUUCCGCAUUGUUGUCGACACAUCGAAGCCGCUACGUCGACCCAUGAUUCGGGUCUUCGGCCACGGAAAGCUGCUUGAGCAUAUCUUAAGCCAGAACUUGUCAGCCGCCGAGGUCACUCGCGCUCGCCGUGUGUGCCAAUUCUUUGGCGCCACCAUCGAUUCAUCGAGGACCUUGCGUAAAGUCAUGUUUCUCGAGCCCGAGAGACUGUCCGAAACGCUCACCUUGGAAAUGUUUACAAAUCAAUUGACAGUCACCAAGCUUCACCCAUUCAUCAACCGGAUGGGUAUUACCGAACUUGACCUUCAACACGCAGAGACCUUUGCUAUCAGUCCGAACUUCUCGCCUUGGAAGUUGGCAACUUGGCGGUCUAUGCUUGUUUGUCAGCCACCUUGCGACGGUUUCAAGGUAUACUAUCUCGAGACGGGAAGUCACGUGAGUGAGAUACGCGAGGUCAAGGGCAACACACUUGGGGCCCUGCUGGAAGACGUUGAAUCGCGACCCACAGACACGCGUCUGAUCGGGCUAUGCAUUUCUGGUUUUAUACUCGAAAGUCAUCCGAUGGUCGCGGCCGAACGCCAUCGAGCCGCUCAAAUGGCGGCGAGGAAGCGUCGAGAGGAUCGACGGGCGGCGUGGCAGCUCGCACGAGACGCAAAUGAGGCAGGGAGACUGCGCAAGGAGGCGGAGAGGCAGCUCAAGCAAGCUACUCGGGAGGCGAAGAGGCAAUACAGAGAGGCUGAGAUGAAGCGGAUGCAGCACGCACGGGAAACAAACAGAGCGUCUAGGGUAUGUGCUAAGGAGCGGAGGCUGGCGAGGAGAUUGGCGGCACGCGGCGAUGACAUGUGCGGUCAAUGA